CCACUAAUCAUGAGACAAAGCGUCCAGUCUGCACUGCCCACAAACAGCCUCUAACGGGGAGAGCCAUAAUAAAAAACUGAUGAUUUUAUCUGGAGAAGCGCCGGAAGCAGCAGGUUGGUGGAGGACAACAGAGAGGGGAGCACGGACAACGAGCAGAUGAUCCCCCUUUUGGCUUUAUUUACGCUUAUCUCAGGACAAAAAUGGCUUUGACCCAAGAGUCUAUUUUAUCUUUUCUCCUGGAGCACGGAGGCAAAGUGAAGAACUCGGAGCUGCUGAACCAUUUCAGGAGUCAAAUCAGCUGCGGUGAUCCCGCGGAAAAACAGCACAAUAGGGACCUUUUCAAGAAGUACGUGAACAGCGUCGCUGUGGUCAAACAGAUCGACGAGGUAAAGUUUGUGGUGGUGAAGAAAAGGUACCAGGACUUUAUUAAUAAAGAGGCUGCGCACGAUGCAUCGCAGAAAACACACAUGGAGGAGAGUUUUUCAAGUCAAAACACGAGCUUUUCGUACACAUCUCCUCCACAUCGAGCCGAGUCAGCCCGGGUGAUAUACUCUGACAUUGAGAACAAUAAUAUGUGCUAUCCCUCAAACAUAAAUGACACGCAUUGUUGUGGUGAUGCCAAGCGUGCGUCUGCGGGGAGUGUGCGGGACAGGAGGCCGUUAUCGAGGAGUAGCAGUGCGGACACGACCACUGUCAAAGUCCUGAAUAUCUCCGGAGAUCAGCCGAGCAGAGCGAGGAAAUCUGGGGCUGUGUUCGCUGUCAUAGCGGUGAAGUCCCCACCGAAAGACUCUGCACCAGUACCGCAGGGUGGGUUACAUUCCCAAGUGCAUCAGAAUAAAACCACAGUCUCGUUGGUGAGCAAAGUUUCGACACCAUCAGUGCCAACUCUGAACUUUACAGCCUGCAAGAAGGGUGCACCAAGUGACUCCCAGUGUUGGAAAAACAGACAUGCAGAGGACAUGCAGCCCCCGAGCUUCCCCCAGGUGAGGCCCCAGAUCAAGACCACAAGAUCAGGAGAGGAUGCAAAGUACUCAGAGUCAGUGCCUCUGGAGCCAUUAGCCCAUGAGUGGUUGGUAAAGUGUGCUGCUGGACUGUGGGGACAAAUCUAUGGUCUGCUGCUGCAGGACACACGUUUAGCACAGAAGAAAGACUUCAUGUCAGGGUUCACAGCGCUGCACUGGGCUGCCAAGGAAGGCAACAGCGAGAUGAUACACAAGCUCAUGGAUGUCUCCAGGAGAAGAGGCACCUGUGUUAACGUCAACACCAAAGCGCACGGAGGGUACACACCUUUACACAUCGCAGCCAUACACGGCCACACUGAAGUGAUUGCGUUGCUGGUGCAGAGUUAUGGAGCCAGUGUAAAUGAAAGAGACAACGAUGGCAAGAAGGCCUUUCACUACCUGGGCAAAGGUGUGCCAGCUGAGGUCAGAGCACUUUUGGGAGGACAGGAGCAGAACAGGGAGAAAACAGAAGAUGGGGAAUACAGAGAACACCCGAGAGGCUUCAACACCAUUAGUAAACUGUUUCAGCCUCACAUGGGGAAGAAACAAAAAACUAAGUUUGCGCAUGAUUGGUGAGAACCUCUUAUCACAUCACCGAUUCUCUUUUAGAUCACUUAAAGUCUAUAAGUGAAUUAUAUAUGUAGUCUUACUUAUUGCAGGCUUUAGCUCUUGUAUGGUGUAUCACUGUUGGAUGUACUAUUUAUGAAUGCUAUUUAUACUUUAAUCAUGUUUUUUAAUACAACUUUGUGUAUCAACAAUGUGUUUAUUUUCCCUACUAACGGCACAAUCAGUGAUACUCACACAUAUUUUCAUUACCUAAUGUGUAAUAAAUCUUGAGAAGUCA